AUGACGGCUCCGGGCAGUGAUCGUCCACAACCGUUCACAUGCGGUCUCUGGCUCGAAGCGACGGAGAAAGUGAACGCCUUUUCAACUCGCAUCGGCGCCGCCAACCUGCAGAGCUCCGUCAACGCGGAGGGCGGCCGCGGCACCAGCGCCCUCAUGGCCUACUACGCCGCCUUCAUCGCGUCCAGCAUCUUCCUGCCCGCCGUCAUGAUACGUAUCCAAUUAGCUCCACUGGAUGAUAUCAACGACCAAGUGAAUCAUGGAGUCCCGUGA